CGCGCGACAGACUUAUUUGUGAACUCAAUAGUUUUCUUGAGGGAUAAUUUUCUUGAUCCCUCAAGCAUGGUGUUAGGUUUGCCGUUUGCAUUCGAUUCUGGACAAUUUGGGGCAGGAUGGCAGGCCUGUUGGUAAGGCCUUGCAAGGAUUCACUCGCCGCAUCCCUCCACAUAUAGAUCAGGCGCGGUCCGAGGCUCCGUGGACUGCGCAGCAUCCUCCGCCGCGAUGCUCCUCGCCACUUCAGCCACAGCUUCCCAUCUUCUCCUCCCCGUCAGAAGGGCAGGCGGAGGCGGAGGAGCAGCUCCUGCUCCUCCUCGUACCUGCGCGGUCAAACUGGAAGCUCUGACUGGGCCACAACUGCGCUCCUCCUCCUCUUUCAGCUGCUCCUGCUCUCCCUCUCCCUCUACCGGUGAGGGCGGCAAGGACGGCGCCCGCCAUCUGUUCGAUGAGUUUUCAGUUCUUUCUCCUGUUAUUCCAUGGGAGGUUGAUGAUAUAUGGAGAACAUAUGCAGGAUAUUUCUUUAUUUUGCAUAUCCCUUUUAGCUUUGGAGGGCUUGGUGUGGUUGCCAAAGUGUUAAAUUGCUCCUCACUCGAUCCAAUAACAGCAGUUAUUUCUACAGUCAUACUUCAAUUAGCAGAGCUCGCUUUGGCCUUAGCACUGCUCCAUUACACUGCAAUGCCAGGGCAUGAUGUUCAGGCUUUCUUUGCUGGGAAGGUUUCUACAAAAAGGAAUUGGAUAAUAGAAACAAUAUUAGGCUUUGGACUUUUGAUGACCUUGGUAUCACUCACAUCCAUCAUAGGUGACAAAUUGGUAGGACCUGAGGAUGCGUAUGAUCCUAUAUUGAAGGAAAUCCUUUCUGACAGUCCAACCUCUAGGUUAGUGUGUUUCUUUCUAUACUGUGUCAUUGCUCCACUGUCAGAAGAAACCAUCUACCGCGGGUUCCUAUUAACGGCACUGUCUUCCUCAAUGAAAUGGUGGGAUGCUGUCGUGAUAAGUUCACUUAUCUUCAGUGUAGCGCACCUCUCUGGGAAAAGUUUCAUUCAACUGUUUGUAAUUGGAUGUAUUACAGGGUUAGCUUAUUGUCGAACUGGAACUCUGGUUGCUUCUUUCACGGUCCAUUCUCUGUAUAACGCAAUUAUAUUGUUUAUGGCUUUAAAGUCAUGAAGAUUGUUGGAAUAAAAUGUGAACGCGAAUGCUUUCCCUUUU